AUGGGUGUCGGAGAUUAUGUACAUUCAAAAGAAGCUGGUCAACACAGACCACCUAAACUUGACGUCUCCAAUCAAUCACGGCAGCAGAUAGCCGAACAGGCAAGGGUUGAAAUUCCGACACCAAAAUUGAUUGCGCCUUCACCUCUGCCAAUCAGUAGACCAACACAAUUCGAGCCCUAUGGUGGCCCGCCUGCUCCUGGGGGGUCACAUGUACCAAAUGACAAUGGGGCGAAGAAGGACAUGUUUGACACAGAUGUGGAAGGUGUUGAUGACUCGACCAUUGCCGCAACGAGUGUUGUUGGUGUUGAGGAUCUUCCAUACCGAUUCUCGCCUGCUCCGAAUGCUCGACAGCAAGGCGCUGCUGUGAACUCUCUGCAUCAAUUCCAACAAACACACCGCCCUUUUGACUCUCAGUGGUACGAUAAUUUCGGAGACCGAGCUAUGAAGACAACCGGAUUCGACUCGGAUGAAGUCGACAAUGAAAGUCAGCUAACAUCAGUGGCGGGUGAUGAUGAGGCUUCCGACGGAACCAACGAAUCGGCGGUUCCUAUCAGGAAACGCCUUAAUGAUGAGCCUCUGAGCAAACGUCUGCAGAACUUCUGGAAUGCCGGCCGGAAGACGUACCAACAGCCGGAAAACCAGGCUCAGGUGGAGUCGUCAAAAAUCCCAACUUUCACCCGGUCAAUACAAGACGCCAAACGGACUAGUCAAGUCCUGCCUGCUACUGCACCUAGGAAGGUUACGCUCCCUCCCAAUACGAGUGCAACCCCGAGGACAAGAUUCAGCCCACCAAAGCCUACUCUUCUGGAACAAUUAGACCUGACCCCCACACGUCGUACCCCUGGUCCUCGGCCGCAGAAAUCUCAGAGAAUCACGAGCAUUGAAACUUUAGACUCUAUGGAAAAUGUAGGCCUCGGGUUCUUUUCGAACAGCUACGGAAGACGAGGCAGCAUACAGUCAAUAACCGCUUUUGACGUGACGAAUAUCGAUGCCCUUAAUGACGAUGAUGACCCUAUCAAUGAUCCCUUUUCCAGACGUCUCUCAGUUCAGCGUAUUAGUCCGGAUCAGCACAACCCGAAGAAGCGUCAUAUCGAACCAGACUAUCCGCCAGAUAUACUCUAUCAGAAGUCAUUCGCUGAGCUCCAAGCGGAACCUUUUGACCACAUUCCAGCAGCCGCCCCAUCACCGAACGCAACCCAGGAAACGCAACCCGAUCCAGAAGACAAAAUCCCGUACCUUAUGAAUCUUUCCGAUGCCGACCGCCGCACUUAUUUCUCCAAUCUAUCAAUGGACGAAUGGGAGGAUUGCGGUGAUCAAUUAAUAGAUCAAUUCACUCAGGUGCUCACUAAGAUGAAGGACCUGCGUCAUGCUCGACGAAAAACCGCCGCUGUGUUCGAAGCCGAGAUCAGGAGAAGACAUGAGAGCGUUGAGGAGCAAUCUUCUGAUCUUUCUAGAAAGCUAGAUGGAAUGAGGACGGGUGGUACUGAGGUCCUACGUGGUCGCACUCCGUGA